UUUUGUAUUUUCAUAAAAUGUCAUUGAUAACUUAGUAUUUAUUGCUGUAGUUUUGUUUAUAAAUGUUACUUUUCACGUUAGUGAUUUAAAUUAAAUAUUCAUUCUACAUUUCUGAUUUUACUAAUGGCAUUUAAUCGUUUUAAUUUAAUUUUAAGGGACUUUCAGUUAACGCAUAUGGGACUAUGGACAAAAAAGCUGGAUAUCCCAAGACCACAAAAAAGAGAUGAAAUAAGCAUUCAUAUAAUUAAUGACACUUAUGUGGGUCUGGAUGUUCACAAGUCAUAUACAUUAAUUUAUGACUCUGCAAAAAUGCACGAAAUCAAAAAAAAUGAAAUGCAAUUACCAGUUUUACCAAACAGUUUGAAAAAUAACAAAAAGAAUAUUGAAGAGGAUACAAGAAGCUGUUACCAUAAAUGUCUUGAUAAAAUAUCAUGUUCACAUGGAUGCUGCAAAACUGGAGUUAAAGUGAUUAUUCCUAAAAAAUCUCAGAUAGAAAAUUUCUUUGACCAGAUGCAACAUAAAAUCAACUCAUUACCAUCAAAGAGCGGAACAACAUUAUCAAGCUUAAGUGAAGAUAUGGAUCAAGAACCAUUACAAAUUCCUACUUCAAACAGAUUUCAACAACAAUGGAAAAUCUCAAAAAGUGAUGUUAAAGAAAUUUCACAAAAUAAUGCACAAGAUGCAUAUAAUGAAGCUUUAAUGGAAUGUUUAACACCAAAUGACCAGUUGUGGGAUGAAAAAGCUGAAGCACAAGAUUUUGAAGAUGAUAAUACUGAAGCAAAUUUUCUCAUGAAAAAAGCACGACUUAAAAUUUCAUUUGACUU